AUGACACACAGCGGGGAAUCCUCUAACCGGAGACGGUGAAUGGGGAGGAGGAACCAUCGUUCAGCCAAAGUGUAUAUAAAGAGCAAGAAGGGAAGCCGUUGGUGUGAAAUUCACAGCAACAGAUAGCACAGGAGCUCUGGACAUCGGUGAAGCACUUAGAAGAGAAGGGAAUCCCGAUUUAUUUACAUUUUUUCAGGGCACGUUGAUUGCUUUCUUGGACAUAUAUACGCAAACUUCACUGCGUGAAGAAGGACAAAUUUGAUAAAUCAUCCGUGGUGCGCAAAAUAGGCUGACUUCACAUUUGGACUUCACUCUUGUAAACAUGCUAAACAACAUGGAUUUGAACUCGCAAGACUCAUUCUACCUCCAGUUCGAAAACUCCUCUCUUGGAAGGGAAGCUAAUGGAGAGAAGGAUCAUCAGGAUAUGUUUGUGGAGGCUGACAGCGCGGCACCUGCUCCAUUUGCAACCGGAGGGACACCUAUUACCCCCAAAACGGAACCUACAAAUUCAGAUUUUCUUUAUAACCCAUGCGACGGCGCAAAAAGUGGCUACGUUUCCUCCCUUGCCUACUCUGGCAGCUUCUAUGUUGAGACAUCUCAGGGCGCAUCGUGCUGCACGGAGACUCUUCUCAACAUGAUCACCGAGAUUGUCGGUAUUUCAACUACGCCUAUAACUGAGGUGCAGCCGCAGAACGGUACUGGGACGUCGUACACCACCAGCCCACCUCCGAUGGAGAACACCAGCGGCAGUUUUCGGGACGCAGGGGUCCAGAGGCAAGCGCCCGCUUGCAGCACCUCCCCGCCCCUUUUCCCCCCGGGGAAUAUGUGUCAAACGUUCUCUGACGCGCAGACCAGCACACAAGCUUCCGAGGCGGCCUCCACUCAGUUAAACUUCUCCCUUUCCACACCAGUUGUGAGCCAAAAGCUAUCUGAACCCCAGUCUGAGACAGCUACGUUCCCAGUUGUUGUGAAGAAUGAAUUCGAAAGCAGUUGCUAUGAAUGGGGUGCCUUUAACAAACCUGACACUUACUUGGACGCGGGGACAUUUCCAAUGUCCAGUGAUUUCCCACCUGACCAAGUCGAUGUCAAGGAUCUUCUGGACACGUUUUCCCCUAUUUGCCCAAACCCAGACAUGGAGUUCAAAGUAGAGAAUGUAAUUAAACAGGAGCAGUGUUUCACGGAUACAUGCUCACAAAGUUUUAGCACCCCACUUUUUAAUUACCCCUCCCCAGCUAUUGAUCUCUCAACCAAUAAUAUUCUAAAACCGACUUUAUUUCCCAAUAUUGAGCUGCAGCAACUAUCAAGUCAGUGCGACACUUCAUACACAUCUUCCACUAUUGACUCUAUUUUAUAUUCCUCGUUGCUGCCGGAGUCUUUCAACCAGACCUACACUCGGCCACCAAAGGCCCCCCGUGCGAAGAAAAGUCCUGGUUCCUCCACUGGCCCCGCCAAAGAAAAGCCCUUCACCUGCCCUAUGGAAAACUGUGAUCGACGCUUCUCCAGGUCUGACGAGCUCAACAGGCACAUUCGCAUCCACACUGGACACAAACCCUUUCAGUGCCGCAUCUGUUUACGCAGCUUCAGUCGAAGCGACCACCUGACAACCCACACCCGGACUCACACGGGAGAGAAGCCAUUCUCCUGCGACGUAUGCGGCAAACGAUUUGCAAGGAGUGACGAGAGGAAGCGCCAUGGACGUGUUCAUCUCAAACAAAAAGAGAAGAUGGAACUGAAGCCUCAAGUGAUUAGCGCGUGGCCAUUCACUCUACCCGAAGGCAUCUGAAGUGCUCAUUAAAAUGCGCUUUAAAUUG